ACUGCUUGCUUUGAUUGGACUUCACGGACUUGAUGACAUCCAGCCAUUGGACGCCUUGCGUCUCAUGGGACUGGAUUUCAUUAUUCUUUUGACUACGGUGGGGGUUUUAGUUACAUCUGAAAAACUUUCUGAUAUUAUUUUACCUCAGGAAAAAGAACACAGUAAGAAACAUAAAUUGUUUCUCAAGGAAAAAAAAAAGUUUCCAUCUGAGCUUCUCGCUGUUUGUGGAGAGCUUAUGUUCUUGGUAUUCCUAGCAGGUGCUGGGAUCCUUCACCCAUCAUUGAUUUCAUCAACUUACUUUCUGUUGUUCCUAUCAAUUGCUACCUGGUUGGCAUGUAGCCAGAAGCUAGGCCAAACUUUCAUUUUAGUUAGAACAGUUUUGGCUGUCUACUGUGCCAGUAAUAUUAUUGUUUUGUACCUGUAUCAACUGACUAUGCUCAGAAGCUCAUUCAUCCCAAAAACCAGGGAGCAAGAUUGCUGGGCUUGGUGGGACUUGUGGAUUCCACUUGUGGUAGCACUGAAGACAGUCGAACCAUAAUCUUCCGACCAGAGCACUGGACUGUAUACAUACAGCCACUUGUAUUGCUUGGCCUGUAUUGGCUGCUCUGUUUCUUGAUUCGCUAUAAACUCUAUGCAGAUGUAACAGAAGAGCUCCAAAGCAAUGCUGAGCAUGCUGUAGCCAGAGAUGACUCAAAAAGAAGCUCUCCGCGCUCUUCUGCUGUCUUGUUAAGAUGUAGACAUCGCAACGUGCAAGAAGGCAGUCAAGUCCUUCUAGAAGACGAUAAUGGAAUAGAUCCUGAAGAUCCAUCACAGCCAAAAGACAGCCUGGCCAUGGACCUAAAUGGAAGUAUUAUUCUUUCCACUGAUGGAGAUUUUUUUGAUGGUGACUCAGAUGAUGAAGUGGUGUCAAUUGAUAUUAGAAAAUCCUUGUAUUUUUCAUUGUUCACCUGUCUGUUUACACUAAUGAAACAAGGAAGCUAUAUUGCUACCCUUAUUAUAAUGAUGACUUGGAGUAUCACCUACCACAGCUGGCUAACAUUUAUUCUCCUCUUGUGGUCCUGUGUCGUGUGGAUGUUGCCAAACUCUCGACAAGCAUGUCUACGUUCUUCACCAUUCUUUGUGGCUUAUGCUGAAGCAUUGUUGGUCCUACAAUACAUUUAUGGACUCAAUCUAAGGGACUCCGAGUUGCCUGACAAGAUUGAAUCAGUUAAUCUAGAACAAAUUGGACUAGUGAAAUAUUAUGAUCUCUCCUAUCAACCUUUGGCUGUGAAGAUUCUGUACACCAUUGUGUUCUGGGUGACUCUUCGUCAGUUCAUAGAGGAGAAACGACUGGAAGCGAACAGGGACAUUUCAGAGAGAGUGGAAACAUAUAAUGUAUCUUAUCAGCCAAAUUGUCAACACCCUGCCUUACAUCAUCGUUUAAGCGUGGCUACUUCAAAGGGAGGUCUGUAUGUACGUCGUCUAGGAGUUAUCGUGAAGAACCUCCUAGUAAAGUACUGGAUUUGUAUUGUAACCUGCAUGUUAAUGGUGAUAUCACUUGGAGGAGAAAAGGUUGUCCUGUACAGGAUUGCUUACAUGUUUUUGUGUCUUUUCUUCAUACUUGUCUUUCAGUUCUCCUACAAUCUCUGGAGAAGGAUGAUGUAUUGUUUCUGGCUAACUGUCAUUGUCUACUCCAUGCUAGUCCUCAUCUUCAUCUACACGUAUCAGUUUGAAAACUUUGAAAACUACUGGACGAACUAUCUAGGAAUUCCCCUGCAGUAUCAGAAAGAUAUUGGUCUGGAGAAGUACGUGGACAACCCAGCCAUCUUGUUCCUGAAGCUACUCAUUCCUACUUUCUUCUUGAUUAUCACUAUCAUACAGUUGCAUUACUUUCACAAGGAAUUCCUACUGAUCAGUGGCUUCGACUGUAGAAACAAGAUUUCUGAUUCUUCCAUAAAGCAGACAAAAUUAGUAAUGUCACCUAAAGUUGAUGCUACCAAGGUUGUAAUAGGAGAGACUAAUGAAACAGAAACAGAAGAAUAUGCCACUGUUUCUGCAGCAACAUCUUUGCCCGAUACCUCAUUUGCUUCAACAAAGAGGGGUAAUGAAUGGAGGGGAGGCGAUGAAGAUAUUAAAACCCUGAAGAGGUGGUUUCACCUGAUUCUGGAGAGAGCAGUGACUAUUAGUCAGGGUGUUAGUGACCUGAUCUGGCAGUUUCUGGAGAUCCAUGUUAUUAAGAUUGUUCUGUUUUCAGUUCUCUGGUUGGCUCUUCAUGAUGUCUGUGCUGUUCACUUGCUUUUUGUGAUAUUUGUCACUGUGGCGCUUCCUUUCAAAGCUCUCCAAACAUUUCUUUCUCAUUGUUGUGCCGUCUGGGCUGCUGUCUUACUACUGACCAAAAUGAUAUACCAGUUGAAGUUUGUGGACCAGUAUGGUUGGAUGGUUAACUGUUCUGAUAUGAAUUAUGUGGAUCAGAACACCAGUGUUCAUCCUUCUUUGUUGACUGAUAUUAUUGACAACAGAAUGUGGGUUGGUUUCAGAAAAACUGAUGACUUGCUUGUUUAUUGCAAGGGUUAUAUAGGAGUGAUUUUGAUCCUAACUCUCCAAGCUGUUGUAAAGGUUCAUCAGAAGUUGCAUCGUUAUCAUAGAAAUGAGGAAGAACCACUUGAAAAAGUAAUGUUUCCAGGAGUAACUCGUACAAAAGCAGAUGUAGGGCUGCUAGAAUGCUUGAAGUUUCUUUUCAACUAUGCUUUCUACAAGUUUGGGAUUGAGGUCUGUUUUGUGACUACCGUGAUUUGUAUUGGAGUUCGACUAGAUGUGUAUGCUGUAAUAUCAGCACUGUGGCUGUGUGGUCUCUUUCUGCUGAGGAGAAAAGUUAUGAGCCUAGUUUGGCCCUUUUAUGUGUCAUAUCAGUGCAUUGUUUUACCUAUACAGUACUUGAUGUGUGUGGGGAUACCUGCUGGAUUUUGUAUUGAAUAUCCUUGGAGUAUUAGUUCUAUUUUUAACGAGGAAUUACGAGAAUGGCUUUAUCUUCCUGAUUUUCAAGCACCACCUGAUUCAUAUAAAAUACUUGUGGACUUCUUCCAACUUUUGUUUGCUUGCUGUCAGUUACACGUAUUUUCCAUUGAGAACAGCUCAUACGCUGAAGAGAAUGGAGGAAAUAAUUCUGAAAUAUGGCUUUUAAGUGAUCCCAAAGAUCUCGUAAACCCUAUACCAGACUUUGUCACUUAUACAAAAUCAUAUUUGGAUAUGAUCAAGGUGUUGGUAUUCUUCUCCUCUUACUGGAUAACACUUGCAGUGGUUUUUCUCGCCGGGACCAGCAGAGUUAGUUUGUUUGCCAUGGGCUAUGUAAUCGGCUGCUUCUUCUUUCUUUGGAAUGGAAAUGAAUUUUAUUUGAAGCCAUUAAAAACCCUUCUUAGGAUAUGGAAUUGUCUACUAGCCUAUAAUGUUAUUGUAAUUUUGCUCAAAUCCAUCUUGGAGGUCAUUAGUUGUGUGUUUCUCUCCAGUCUCUAUAAGAAUGUAUGUUGGCUAGUCCAGCUUCUUGGAAUUGUUUGUAUAAAGAAAUUGAGUAUUCACUCAAAAUCAGAUACCAGCAACAUAGUACAUCAAGAAGGGUGUACUGCCCCUGUUGAUGAGGCUGGACUAUUAUGGGAUGGGAUAUGCUUUGUAUUCUUGCUUUUACAGAAGCGAUUGUUCUGUAGUUUCUACUUUCAACAUCUAGUGGUGGAGACUGAAGUUCAGAAAUUACUGGCAUCCAGAGGAGCUAUACUCAUCAAUGAAAACAAGAUAGAGGAAGUCCGUAAACAGCAGGUAGCUGAGCGAGAAAUUAUGGAAAAGAUCAAGAAGAAGAUGGACAAGAUUCUGUCUCGAGCAAAUCAACAGAAGGCAAGAGGAGAAUACAAAGAACCAGAAAGUCAUUUUCAAGGUACACCACAGUAA